AUGGUACCUGCCCGCGAGGUGGUGCGCUUCCGUGUCCGGACGCCUGCGGGGCUGACGGACUUUCAGGCAGGGCAGUGCGUCGGAGCCGGCAUGGCCAGUGGCGUCUCCCAGGUCACUAUCUCGCAGGAUGGCAGCUCCAGGAGCUUCUUCGUGGAUUCGCUGUUUCAGGUUGGCGUCUUUCAGGCAGGCGGGGCGGAGGGCCCAGCGCCCGAGGAGUCCAGCAGUGCAGCCCACAAGCGCCCUGAGAAAAGGACACCGCCGGCCAUGGAGAGAGCUUCUCCGAAGGAGCCGAGAUUCCAGAGCGCACCCGUGGACAAGCGCAAGGUGGAGCAGCUCCGAUAUGCCAUCCGCAGCCAGUUCGAGUACUACUUCGGCGACGUGAACUAUGCCAAGGACAACUUCCUGCGAUCACAAGCAGACGAAGAUGGCUGGACCUCGCUCAGGCUGGUUGCAAAGUUCAACAGAGUUCGCGAGCUCACGGAGGACUUGGAUGUGGUGCGGCAGGCCAUCGAAGCCUCGACCGUCGUUGACAUUUCUGAGUGCAGG